AUGGCAGCGCAAAAAAUGGAAUGGGCAUUGAAUACAAUGAAUGCUGUUGGUGUAUUUGACAUGGAUUUGAGCAGUGUCGAUGCAGUUCAGAAAGCAGUUCGUAGUAUCACACCGAUUGCUGAGUAUUUUCCAGGAGGCGUCAUUGGAUGUGAUAAAAACGGCAACAUCAUUAACAUGCACACGAUGGGUCAGAUCAGAAUCAGAAGUUUGGUGGAUGCGGAACGUGCGUCAAAGUUCUUCAUCGGAGCGAUAGUUGAUUGCGAGGGUGCUGCCCAUCUAAUGCGGUUAUUCAACUUUAUCCUUAUACGUCCAGUUCAUCCUCAGUGUUUUGCCUUAUAA